AUGGAUUUGUUAAUUGAUAAUUAUGGAAGCGGAAGUGAGGGUGAAAUUGAGUCUGAUCCUGAGACAGAACGUAUGAUGGAGCCAAUCACUGAUUCAUCAAACUUGCAGUUAGCUCCUAGUGUGAUAUCCCUAGAAAAUAAAGUUGUUGCAAUUGGUAUAGAAAAAGGAAAUAACAAAUUACUAGGAUAUAAUCCAAAAUUUGAAGAAUUAUACGCACCUUCAGUUGGUCCUAAAAAUCCAUAUAAAAGUAAUGAAAGUUUAGCACCAAAGAAUAUGCUAACAGGGUAUGUUGAAAAAACUCAUUUAUCAGAUUUUCAUUUUGAAAAAGAGAUUCGUUCUUUUGAUACUCUUGGGUAUGCUGCUAAUCCUAGUAGUAGUAUUGGUAAGAAUAUUAUAGGUGAUAUGAAUAAAGCUGAAUUAUACAAUGGUGCUUCUUUGUUUGAAGGAGCAAAAACAGGAAGAGAAAAAAGGAAACGACAAGUCAAUAGGGAUCCCUCUGACUUAGAAGGUUUCACUGGUCCUUGGGCUCGUUUUGAAGAUGAAGAAACAAUAUCCAAACCAACUCAAGAACAACAAGAAAAAAUAAAUGAAUAUUUGAAGAAACAACAAAUGAAGAGCAAAAAAUUCAAGAAAAUUGCACAAGAUGAAGAACAUCUUUUAGAUGAAAGUGUUAUUGUACAUAUAAAAGAAUCUGUUGAUUACCGUGGAAGAUCAUUUAUGGAUCUUCCUUCUUAUAGUGGGGUUAACUUGAGAGAAGAUUUUGUUCCUCAAAAUUGUACAAUACCUAAAAGGCUUUUACAUACUUUUAAUGGACAUCAGAAACAAGUAAACGCUAUGAAGUGGUUUCCCAAAAGUGGUCACUUGUUUUUAUCAUGUAGUAUGGAUGGAAAAGUAAAAUUAUGGGAUACAUAUAAUAAAAAUCAAUGUCUACUUACAUAUAAAGGUCAUGUUAAACCAGUCAAAGAUAUUUGUUUUAACUACGAUGGAACAGAAUUUAUUUCUGCUUCUUUCGACAGAUAUUUAAAAUUAUGGGACACUGAAACAGGUAAAGUUAAAAAUAGAUUUGAUGCUAAAAGCAUUCCAUUUUGUUGUAAAUUUAAUCCCGAUCAAGACAAAAAUAAUAUGAUAAUGGCUGGAUUACAAAAUAAAAAAAUUACUCAAUGGGAUACAAGAAGUGGUGAAGUUGUACAAACGUACGAUCGUCACUUAGGUGCUGUUAACUCAAUAACAUUCUUUGAUAGGAAUCGGAGAUUUGUAUCAACUUCUGAUGACAAGUCAUUAAGAAUAUGGGAAUGGGAGAUACCAGUAGAUACUAAAUUAAUUCAAAAUGUUGGUUUACAUUCUAUACCAACGAUGACAAAAAGUCCUGAUGACCAAUGGAUUAUUGGACAAUCUAUGGACAAUAGGAUUGUACUUUUCCAACUUAUUGAUGAUAAAUUAAAAUUUGCCAAAAAGAAAUCGCUUCGUGGUCACAAUACUCAAGGUUUUCCUUGUACAACAGAUUUCUCACCUGACAUGACUUACGUUAUUUCUGGUGACGGAGAUGGCAAAUUAUUUAUUUGGAAUUGGAAAACACACAGAAUUGAGGCACAAUGGAAAGCUCAUGAUAAACAGACGAUGGUCUCAUUAUGGCAUCCUCAUGAAAAAUCAAAAAUUAUAACAGGUGGAGGGGAUGGUGUAAUUAAAAUGUGGAAUUAA